ACUUAUUAAUCAAACAAUUUAGACGAUUCAACAAGUUGGGGUAGUACUUGGAAAUUAUAGUUACAAAUUCCCUUAGUGGGACACCUUCUAAUUGCUUGACAUGGCCAGUGCAAAUCAUAUGCUAUGUGCUAUAUGUUAUAUGUUACAAUGUUUCUCUUAUAAAAAUUGAAAUAUGUCAUUAUCAGGAACUAUGAAGUAAAUUAAUUUUUCAAUUUGAAUUAUUUUAUUGUUCUUUUUAGUUUGAAAAGCACGUUAAUAAAUAAGAGAUCUACAAAAUUUCUUUCAUGUUUUUAGUUGCAUAGCCUGCAGGGAUAUAAAACAAUGCAUCUACGAUGGAGAUGAGUAAUAUCAAUGAAUCAGCAACAUUAACUGCUCAACAAUUUUAUGAGAAAUUUAAAGGUGAAGAUAUAUCUAUAGAUCUGUUUGCUGAUGCUGAUGAUAAAGACAAUGAACGUUCUGUUGAUUUAAAGAAGAACACAUCUAGAGUGGUUACACCCAUUGAUCAAACAAUCACGCAUCCACCAUCAACGCAUACAGAACUAACAAAAUGUUUUCGAGAAAGACUCUCGCUGCAAGUUGAUUUAGAACAUGUUACUACGAAUGAUCAAACACAACUAAUAGAUGUUUUGACAAUGGCCAUUGUGUCUGUUUGGCCAGAACAUCGAAAACAAGCACCGGAUCCUUUCUUGAGCGAUUAUGGAAACAUGGAGUUACAAAGAAGAGUUGCAACACAUGUUAUACAAACUGCAGAGUAUUUGUUCUAUUCAUAUAUUGCAAAAGCAGAAGAAUUAAACAAAAAGGCUGUGUUCAGUAGUCAAGCUAACAUCAGCAGGUUGAAAACACAAAUUCUUCAUGAGGCAAACAAAAGUUUGAACAUCCUUGAUAUCCGUCGAAAACUUGCUGAGGAAAUGCGGCGUAUACCCAAUGAAAAAUGGUUUCAACAGCCUGGGACAAGCGAUAUAACACUCUUUUCAAAUGAAGAGGAUGCUAGUGCGCAUUAUGAGACAUCUUAUCAACUGUUUGUUCAAACACAACUGAAUGAGAUGGAGAAUGAAAUGCCAAACAUCAAACUACGUAUCCAGGAAACACACUAUUCUUUGCAUAGGUUAGAAGGCCAUAAAGCUUCAGCAGAUUUAAGUGUCAGAGAAACAGCAGAAGACAAAGCAGCUAAUUCGAGCAAUUUGGUAGAGAAGACAGAAUUAAUUGAAAGGGAUAUCAGUGUGGAUGACAGUAAAGAUAGUGUUGCAGUCAUCCAGCGAUCUGGCUCUAUGCCUACUCUAACAGGUCAGUCAGAGCUUGGCGAAGAAUUUAAAUUAGUCCAUGGAGAAGUUACAAAAAUGCGCAAAAUUAGUGUGAAUCAAUUGGUAGGGCAAAAUACACCAAAUACAAACAGUGAUAGAAUAAAGGAUGAUUUGACAAAACUUCUGAAGACAAGGUCAGAGAAUGACGAUGGUGGAAGAGUAUAUGAUGAUGACUUUUCAUCGCUGCUGGAAGUAUCAGAGAGGAGAAGAAAAAAAGAGCAACGAGUUGAUAAACUGGAGAAAAAAGUUGAAAAUAGUAGUGCUGAUUGUGAAGAUAAAAAUGAACUUUUUCCACUUAACUCAGAUUGUAAUUCUUGUGAUGAUCAAACAAGCGUUCUAAAUGUUAAAAUACCAAACUAUGGUAUUGCAAGAAUAUGUGAUGUAGCUGUAUCGGAUUGCAUUAAUGAAACCAAACUGAUAUUGCAAAAAUAUGCUGUAUUAUACAACGAGUUUCUAGAUGAGAUCAAUAAAGAGAUGGCAAAAUCUUUGGAUAAGCACUUAUUUGCUGACGAAGAAGUAAAAGAUGUUUAUGAUGAAUUGUCAAAAACAAUGAAUAAAGAUCAUCUUUGCUUCGAUAAGGAUGCCUUUGUGGAGCCGUGUCCGCUAAAUCUUUCAAGAGAUUCUGUAUCGUUUGUUUCUGCUAUGUUGCAAGGUAAACAGCAGUCACGAGUUGCCAAUGAAGAUUUAAGAUGUGAUGCCGAACCGCCAUGGGUUAAUCAUGUUUCUGCUGUUGAUUGGAGGAACGAACCAAGAUUUGCUGGAAUUGGUCGUGAAGAUAUUUUAAAGAUGGACUUAAGACGGAGGAGUCUUGCCAACCCAAAUAAAAGUGCAUUUUUCAAUGGAAAAGAUACAUCAUCUAUUAACAAGCUUUUCAAGGAAUAUAAUGCAUGGCUGGCAUGGUACAAAAGUACCUUAAACACAGACGAUUACAGAAAGUUUCUUUCAUUAAAGGAAAAUGAUUUCCUAUCGCAAAUUUAUCACCUGUAUGAUUCGGAGGAUGAAGAAUUAGAAGAAGAAAAAGCAAAGAUAUCUGUACAGAUGAAAAUAUUGCAAGAGCGCACAAAACAAAAGAAAGAGCUACGAGCGGUUAAAACAAAAUACGAAGAAGGGUUUUGGAAUGUGCAAACUGUACUACUAGGUGGUCUUGGAAAGGAUCCAAGUGUAAACGUAGUUGACAUAGUACAUGACGAUUCUGAAACAAGAAAAAACGAGAAAAAUCUGACAUCGUCGUACAUCCUUCUUCAAGAAAGGUUGGAGCAUAUAUGGACAGCACUAAAGAUGUCAGAGGAAAAGAGAUUGGAUAUGGCGAUGAAAUAUAAGUCUUUAGAGGCUAUCGAUACCCUCUCUGAGAGUUUGAAACAUUGGGAAGAUGUGACGUCAUUGAUCGUUGAACGCGAGGGUUACAUGGCGAAGCUUGAACAUUUUGAGAGGACUGCUUCCGAUCCAAACAGAUUCUUCGAAAAAGGAUUUAACGGGUCUUCACUUGCUCGAAUAAAUGAAGCUAAAACAAGAGGAAAGCUUAAUAAGCGUAUCAAAACAAUAGACGAGACUUUGACGAACUUGCUUCGUUACAUUAAGAAGCAUUUUAACGAUGACGUCACUUACCAUGGACGGAAUUAUUUGGAGAAGAUGCAAUCAGAUCGCGUGGAAAUGUUAUAUUGGUUGCAACAAGAGCGAAGAAAAACUUUAAUGAAUACCACUGGACAGCUUGCUGUGUCUUGUGGUGAAGAAACCACUGUUUCAUAGACGAAACAUGGGGAUUUUCACCGAAGAAUAUGUUCUAAUUGUAAAGUCUUUAUAAGCAGGGCUUUUGUAAUUAGGGUGACUAGAAAGGGAUUUCUGUUAUUUCUAUACCGAAAGUCUACUAAGCAAGUUCAUAUCGAGUUUUUAUGUCUCAGUCCCAUCUAAUUUUACAGCUUAGUUUAAAUAUGAUAAACAAACUUUACAUGUUAUGGCUAAAUUAUUUAAUAAUGCUACGCAGUCUGAAGGGGAAUCUCUUGCCACAUUAUUUUAUCAGACACAUUCAUCGAAAAAAAAGAAUUACCUGCGAUGUGCAUGCCUGUAUUCAUAGAUUGUGUAAUAAUAAUAAAAUAAUAAUAAAAAUUAUGUUCCUGUUUGCUAAAGAAGUUAAAAAAAAAAUACGAAACCUUAUCAAAUGAGCAGGCUUCAAAAAAUACACCUUUUUUUAAAUAAGAAUACUGAAAUUCUAAUCAGGCUGGUCAUUACUCUUAUUGUUCGAAACAACAGAACUAUUGUUUUUAACCUGAAAUCCCAGCCUGAUAUUCUUAUAAAGCAAUCGAUUUAUGUUUUGGAGUGGAAAUCUCUGUUUAGUCAACCGAUAAAUUGACAUUGUACAUAUAUAUAUAUAUAUAUAUAUAUAUAAAGAUGGUGUACAUUUUUAAUAUUUUUAAUAUAUUUCUUUUAGUUUAUAUGUUGUACUGUUCAUAUUCUGUUUGGUGAGCUCUUAUGGAAUGGCAUGUUAUAUAUUUUCAUGUUGAUAUAUGGCUGGCAUAAGGAAAUACAGCAAUGAUUAAACUAUUAUUUUUCAUAAA